UUGUCUUGAGCGUACAUAUCAAAGGGGAAAUAUGGCCGCUGAGUUUGUGCUUACUUUUGCUGCCGAGGGAAUACUGACCAAGGUAGCUGCACUUGCCACUGAACAAGUCAGUCUUGCUUGGGGAUUCAAAGGAGAACUGGCCAGGCUCGGGGAUUCAUUAUCCCUCAUGCAAAACAUCUUACGUGAUGCUGCUGAGCAACCAACAGAUCGGGGCCACACCGUCAAAGCUUGGGUGGAAAAACUUAAAAACAUAGCACAAGAUGCUGAUGAUGUGCUGGAUGAAUUCCAGUAUGAAGUUCUUCGACGUAAACUAGAGCUGCAAAACCACAUGAAGAAAAAGGUACUCAACUUCUUUUCAAUCUCCAAUCCCCUUGCCUUUCGCCUUAAAAUGGCACGUAAAAUUAAGAACAUCAACCAACGUUUGGCGGAUCUCAAGAGUGAGGCAUCUUUGAUUGGACUGGUUGCAAAACCAAAAGAUGCAACUCCCCAAGCUAUGGUAAACAGAGAAACUGUGUCAAGCUUUGAUACGGAUGAAAAGUUUUUUGGAAGGGAGGAGCUAUUGUCCGAUAUAGUUAAGACCUUGAUCAACUCCAACAAUCAGGAAAAUCUUUCCGUUAUGCCCAUUGUAGGAAUGCCGGGCCUCGGAAAGACAACCUUGGCUAAAAAAGUGUUCAACGAGCUGGCUAUAGAUAAAUCAUUUGACAAAAGAAUAUGGGUGUGUGUAUCUAACGAUUUUGACGUCAAUUCGAUUUUAAGAAGUAUCUUAGAAAUACUUAACCCCACAAAUGCCAAGAUAGAAAGACAAGAGGCAUUGCUUAAACACCUUCACGAAGCGUUGGCAGGAAAGAGAUAUAUUCUUAUACUCGAUGACGUUUGGAACGAAGAUCGUACAAAAUGGAACAAUUUGAUGAAUUGUUUGUCAAAACUUAGUUCCCAAGGAAGCACCGUGAUUGUCACCACCCGCAGUGCAAAUGUUGCAUCAAUUACGGAAACAAAUCCUUAUCUUAGGCGUACGUUGGGUUUGCUACAAGAAGAUAAAUGUUGGUCCAUAUUGAAGAAUAGAGCAUUUCCUGAUGAUAAUGCUCCUAUAAGUGCAGAUCUGGAGACAAUUGGAAAGCAAAUUGCAAAAAAGUGCGCAGGUGUACCACUAGUGGCAAAGGUUUUGGGAGGUAUGUUGCGUUCUAAAAACAAUACAAAUGAAUGGUGGUCAAUUCAAGAAAGUGAAAUAUGGAAAUUACCAGAAGGUGUUGAUAGAAUCAUGUCUGGAGAACUUGGUCCAACUCUGGAUGGCUGA